UUGCAACGCAAAAACUACAUCGACUUUUCCGUUCGACAGAGAAGCAAGUGUAAAAUUCACGGCCUUACUACGUCGACAUCGCCACUCCGUACACUGGGCCAGAUUGGUGGGCUCGUAUAACUUGCCCAGAUCCCGCAUUUUUAUGAAUUUAGGAUGGCUUGCUUCACUGCUUCUAUGUGGGAUGAGCUACCCGCAACCUGCGUGCCAAUCCGGACCUGCGUACGACGACAUGGAUGACACGAGGCGGUGAGCCUCUGCGGAGCCUCUCCAACUUAGCGAUUGGGUGCCAUGUACGUCUAUGUAUCGACGUACAUAGCUAUAACAAUGAGGUGACCCCCACAGUCAGUUCGGUCAUCAUCGUCGAUAUUCGGAACCUCUUUCGGAACCUCUGGCCAGUCUUGGACAAUGACCAUUACGUUCAACCGCGACUCUCCUCUGUUCCGCCACCGCCAACUGGCUCCUUCAGCUUCCAUCCACGUCUCCCCAUUAUGCCUCGGAACCAUGAAUUUCGGCGAGCGCGAGACGGCGCUUUAUGGCGAAUGUAGCAAAGAGGAAGCAUUCGCCAUCAUGGACCACUUCUACAGCCAAGGCGGUAACUUCUUUGACACGGCGAACUCCUAUCAGCAUGGCCAGAGUGAGGAAUGGAUCGGAGAGUGGAUGGCAAAACACGACAAUCGGGAUGAUAUCGUGUUGGCGACAAAGUAUACCAUGAACUUCCAUCGCAAUCGCAAAGACAAGAUAAUCUCGAAUUACGUGGGGAAUGGGGCGAAGAGCUUGAAGUUGUCUUUGGAUGCGUCUCUAAAGAAUCUGAGGACGAUGUAUGUUGAUAUCCUGUAUAUCCACUGGUGGGACGCCGCAACAUCGAUCCCAGAGCUUAUGCACAGUCUUAACGAUGUUGUUACUUCCGGAAAAGUGCUCUACCUGGGAGUGUCGGAUACCCCAGCUUGGGUCGUAUCAAUGGCAAAUGAGUACGCACGCAAUCAUGGGCUUCGCCAGUUCAGUGUCUAUCAAGGUGCAUGGAAUGCUUCGAUGAGGGACUUCGAGCGAGACAUAAUCCCCAUGGCCAGUAACCAAGGCAUGGCUCUAUGCCCCUAUGGGGUCCUCGGCUCUGGACGAUUCCAAACAGAGGAAGGAUUCAAAGCGCGGGCGCAGCACAACCCCGGAAGGCAGAUUGCCAAUGCUCGACUUACGGACCGUGACAGAGAAGUGUGCAAGGUGCUGGAAACUAUAGGGAAGGAGAAAGAUGCAGGCCUCUUCCAGAUCGCUCUUGCAUAUGUCAUGCACAAAGCUCCAUACGUAUUCCCGCUCGUUGGACAACGGAGAGUCUCCCAUUUGAAAGACAGUAUCGCUGGAUUAUCCGUCACACUGACGGAGGAAGAUAUUGACCGUAUCGAAGCGUCUUAUGAUUUCGAUGUCGGCUUCCCACAUACAUUCCUCAACGGCGCCAUGUUUGGUACCGCUAGGAGAAAGCAGAUCAAGGGCCCUGGUGAUGUUGCGUUGUACAGGUCGACAGGGACAUUUGACUGGGUCGAGCCACCUAAGCCGAUCAAACCGUAUGGAAGCGGGCGGUAAACGUUGUCGUUGUUAUUCUUGCCAAUAGAUCUCGAUAACAGUGUGUACAACUGGGUUGAGUUCUUGUUUUCCUUAGGACCACCGACAAAGGAUCUAAUGGUCAAUCCUGCUUGGAGUUUCGCGAGCUGGAUGUGGGGGCAAGGACAGGUGGGAAAUAUUGCCAUACGAAAAGGCAAACGAUAACACGAGCAACAUGAU